AUGGCGUCGGAGGUGCCAAAAUUGAAAUUAGGUUCACAAGGUCUAGUUGUUUCAGCACAGGGAUUGGGAUGUAUGGGUAUGACCGGAAGUCACGGACCCCCGAAAGAGGAAUCUGAUAUGAUCAAGCUCCUCCACCACGCCAUUGACUCCGGCAUCACCUUCCUCGACACCUCAAACGCUUUGAAGGAACGAGGGUUGAGAGAGAAAGUUCAAAUUAUGAUGAUACCAAAUGACUUCAGGAAGAACAUGCCAAGAUUUCAAAAUGUUGAUCAUAACAAGACUGUAUAUGAGCGAGUAAAUGAAAUGGCAGCAAGAAAAGGAUGCACCUCUGCACAACUAGCGUUGGCAUGGUUGCACCACCAAGGAAAUGAUGUGAUUCCGAUUCCGGGCACCACAAAGAUUGAAAACUUCAAUCAAAAUAUUGGAGCUUUGUCUGUAAAACUAACACCGGAGGAGAUGGCGGAAUUGGAAUCGUUUGCUUCUGGUGACAUUGUAAAGGGUGAAAGGAAUUUCAUGAUGAAAGGUACCCAAGAUUCUGUUUGAUAAAACUGUAGAAAAAGUUUGUAAUAAUGAAAACUUAUGAACUGGG